AUGGACCAUCAACGGUUUCAACCCGCGAUCCAGCAACCCAUACAUCACCCGACUUCCCAUGGCGUUGACCGCGAAGAUUCCCCCGGCUGGGACGGCCCCCCGCUACUCAACGACACCGAACGCCAAAGCAUGAGCGACUUCUUCAAAUCUCUAGCCUUCCUCAACAACGGAUCGUCGAUGGGCGCUGCCGAGCUCGGUGGCGUGUGCACACAGAACUGGAGGCAGCCGAGCCUAGUGGUGGGACACUCGUCGAGCCUUGGCGAACCGGACGACUCCAUCUACGACGUGCUCGACACCUUUGGCUAUCCGAAUCAACACCACCAGUCGCAGCAGCACCCACCGCAGCAGCCGUCUUUCCUCGGUGCUUCGGAGCUCCAUACUUCGACAGAGUUAGGAUUUGAACCCUCGCCGUCGACGCUACAGUUCCCACAGCCGCUCGCUACACCACAAAACCGCUACGAUGCUCAUCAUACCCCAGAUGCGGUUGCCGCUGCAGCAACGCUCCUGGGCGGCAGUGCCGGGGAGUUUGGCCUGUUCUUUGGCCAAGAAUCACAAAACCCGGGGCCCGCCUCACAGUCUAUGGCCCCCACGCAGUUUCAGACGACGAACGAACGCCAAGUCAACCACCUCCAACCGACGGCUACCCACGACCCCUCCAUGCCCUUAUUCCGUCAACUGCCGAACAAUACACGCUCCCGCCUACCGUUCGACGUCCAGUUUGGGUCGGAUCCCAACUUCACCAACUCCAGCUUCGUACCCUCCUCAGCCAAGGACACGGAAGAAGCGAUCUCAGCCUCCCACAUGGCCCAUCUGGACUGUCUCGAGCGAAACCACAGCGCGGCCCCGACUCGAGAGACAAGUCCGACAGCGUGGGGUCUACAAUCCCCGAAGGCGGUGGGCAGUGGCUCCAUGGCCGCCCCAGCCCGGCGAAGACCGUCAUCACAUAUCCCCACCAUCGCGGAGGAGCCUGCAAGGAGGCGGAGGAAGACGAGCAAGACAGGUGAAGUCGCCGUGGACACUGAGUUAGCACUGCGCACCGCUACCGGCCCCACCACAUCAUCCAUACCACGACGACAUUCCCACUCGAUACCCGAACCGAACGGCAACGGCAACACGCCCCCAACCCAGCCUCCCAAACGACAGCGCAAGUCCAUCGCAGCGCUAAACACAACUUCCGCAAACAACAACAGCACAACCGGCAACAACAAAAAGUCCGCCAAUGCAUUAACAACAACCCCCACCCCCACAACCGCCACAACCAAUACCUCCUCGUCCCGCAAAAAAUCCCCCCGUCAAACCCUCACCGACGAACAGCGCCGUCUCAACCACGUCGGCAGCGAGCGUCGCCGGCGCGACCUCAUCAAGCACGGGUACGACCACAUCGCCGCGCUGGUUCCGGAACUCAAAACCAACGAGGUUAGUAAGGCGGAGGGGUUGGCGAAAGUGGCGGAUUGGAUAUUAGAUGUGCAGAAUGGGAAUCAGAGGUUGGAGGAGAUGAUGGAGAGGGUUUUGGGGGGCAGUAGUACAGGUGGGGAUGGGAAUGGGAGUGGGAAUGGGGGGAUAGGGAUUGGGGGGGUUGGGACUGGGGUUGAGGCUGCCGUUGCGUAG